UGUGCAGUGGUCCUUCAGGCGUCCCCGUUGCAUAGGAACGAGAACCGCCGGAGACUCGAUGCUUCAUCUACAAACUGAGUUUCUGGAUCCACAGACGAGUGAAGGGCGCGACACUCAGUAUGAUUGUGUUUUAAAAGAGUCGCAUGUGUAAAAGAAUCCAGGAUAUUUGGAUGAUUCAUCUUUGUCAACGAAUGAUUUCAGUUAGCGGUGUUAGCUAACUGCUAGCCUCCUCCAGCGUCUCUCAGCGCAGGGUGACGGAAACAGCCCAGCGGCUACGAGCCUCUUUAGAAACACACGUGUGACCAGUGACCGUCUCUGCGACGAGUCUGCUGGAACCACUUGUGUUGGUGUAACAACACGCGGACCGGCGAAAUGAGCGAGUGCACACCGAUCCUGGCGACGCUAACCUCGGCUAACCGGUGACAAGCUAGCUAACGCGCGUCGUCGCGGAGGAAGCGGCGGCUCAGGGAACUAAGAGAUAAAGUCGUUCAGUCAAAGCUGUGAUAAAGGAGCGACAUGGCCGGAGACGCGGACAGUCUCCCUGAACUGGACCAGAAGAAAUACGAUGCGGACGAACAGGUGAAGAUCAUCUGUCUGGGUGACAGCGCUGUGGGCAAAUCUAAGCUGAUGGAGAGGUUUCUCUUGGACGAAUAUCGUCCGCAGCAGUUGUCAACCUACGCUCUGACUCUCUACAAACACACAGCCACUGUAGGGAACAAGACAGUAGCAGUGGAUUUCUGGGACACAGCUGGUCAGGAGAGGUUUCAGAGCAUGCAUCCCUCAUACUACCACAAAGCUCACGCUUGCAUCAUGGUUUUUGACGUUCAACGGAAGAUCACAUACAAGAACUUGGCCAACUGGUACAAGGAGCUGAGAGAGUACAGACCGGAGAUACCCUGCUGUGUGGUUGCAAACAAAAUCGAUGCUGAUUUGAAGGUGACACAGAGAAGCUUUAGCUUUGGGAAGAAACAAGCACUCCCAUUCUACUUUGUGUCUGCGGCUGACGGGACGAACGUAGUUAAGAUGUUCAGAGAGACGAUCAAGAGAGCGGUGGAAUACAAGCAAAACCCCAGCGACUUCAUGGAUGAAGUGAUGCAAGAGUUAGAGAACUUUGACCUGGAGAAGAAAGAAGAGAAUUCAGAAGCCGAUGAAGAUGGAUUAGAAGCAGAGAGUCCUGAGUUGGUCUGAUUUUUUAAUUUAAUUUUUUUUUAACAAUUCCUUCCAUCUUCAUCUCAUGGAUUAUUUCUCCUCCUCUGGAGUUGAUGCUGCGAAUAGACCAUGAUUUUUGUGAAAAUGUCCGAAAUCUCUGAUUCUCUGUGGUGGUCUUGACGUAAUUUUAGUGGUCUGCUUUUAUUACUAAAGAAUUGUUGCUACCACUGGAGCGUGGCUGACAUCGGGUUUGAAGUCACUGUCCUCCAUCUGUCAGGUGACAGGAAAUACAGCUGGUGGAAUGAUCAGGAUUCGUGUUGGUUAGCAGGUUCAUUUAGCCUCUACUUUUAACAUCGUCACUUUUAAACAACAUCUACUCUUGUAACAGGAGAAAAACCCACAGUGAAGCUUAAUGUUUCUCUCAGCGUGAAAACCAAUUACUUCAUGUCGUGUAAUGUGAAGCAUCGGAAAACUUGCACAGAGCAAAGAGAACGUGUGAUUAGGAAUUUGCUGCUGUUCUCCGUGUUUGUUUGUAGUAUUGUGUGCAGUGUCUGUCGGCUGCGUCUGUUGCUUUCAUUCUAUUACUUAAGUCGGUUUUUCAGUCA